AUGAAAGUUGUAGCAUCCACAGUGCUCAACAGAAACAUGGAAAUGCUUCGCUUUCUGAUUACCGUUCUUUUUCUCUCGCUCACCCAAGGCUUCAGUGUCAACCCUCAGUUAGUGAGAGGUUCUCCGAGGAGGCUUCAACUGAGCACGAAACCCAUAUCAUCGACAUCUCCACCGAAAUCAAUAUCAUACGGUGAGGAGUCUCGUAAAUUCCGGCGCACCAUUUAUAGCCACGAUGACUGGGUUAAACAUCGAUCUCCAAAUCGUUUUUUAAGGAAUGUUAUGUCGAUUGCAAAGUCCGGAAUCUACAAAAACAUUAGCAACGAAGCAGUUGCCGUAACGUUCGUUGCAACAUUUCUUGUCGUCUGGAAUACAACUGUUCAAAAAGAGGUCCUGUCUGGUCCCUUCACGGCUUUAACAUUUCCAAUGACUGCGUUCACACUGUCGAGUUCCUCUUUGGGGCUUUUGCUAGGUUUCAGAACCAACCAAGCCUAUAAGAGAUGGGACGAAGCACGAAAGAAUUGGGGCCUGAAUAUUAAUCGCACACGAGAUCUAGUAAGGAUGGCAAGUUGUUUUUACGACAAGGCAGGGGUGAGUGACCAGAAGCGCAGAAGCGACUUGAAACAUCUCUCUCUCUGUACUUGGGCCUUCGUUAGAGCAAUGAAAAGGCACCUCUCUCCUGUGGAAGAUGAGGUCGAUUUCAAAAAAGAACUGCACGAAAAACUCCAAGAGCAUCAAGCUGAGAACAUCAUCAAAGCUGUUCAUCGGCCCAAUCGAGCGCUUCAUGAUCUCUCCAUGGCUAUUGAAGCCCUUCCAAUGCACUUUUUGAGGAGAAAUGAGCUGCAUGCCGCUCUCACUGUCUUUGAGAAUACUCUUGGAGGAAGCGAAAGGCUGCUGACGUCCCCGAUCCCAUUGUUCUACACGAGGCACACGGCUCGAUCUCUUUCUUUGUGGCUCGUUUUGUUGCCUUUUGGAUUAUACUCUUCAUUUGCGAAUACAUGGAACCAUAUUGGAUUAAUACCUGCAACAGCGGCAAUUAGUGUCUUCCUACUCGGUAUAGACGAGUUAGCCACUCAAAUGGAAGAACCAUUUACAAUCCUUCCCAUGCAAGGAUUUUGUGAUAAGAUCGGUAAAUGGUGCAAUGAAAUCGUUUCAUGGGAGGAUGGUGAUAAUGGCCUGACUACAAGAGCCCCUUCAGAUCGUCACUCAUCCGUUCAUCUCGACUAG